AAUUUAGUUCGUUAAAAUGAUACCAAGGUCAAUGACCUUGUGACCUUGAAUGUGACCUAUAUCCGGAAAAUAGCUUUUUGGAACUUUGUUCCCACCGGGCGAAUAAUGUUUCACAAACACUUCUUGUUUUAAGUUUUCUAUAGAGAAAGAAAACAUUUCCGUUUGUUUAAAAAUGAUACUUGUACUUUAUUCCUUUCUAUAAUGUGUAAUUUAUUUUCUAUUAUUUCAGCAAGCAAGCUAUACGGUGGAUUAUUAGAUGCUAUACAAAUUUCCAUUGGUGUCAUUGUAAUUUUACUCGUAUUAUUUCUGAUCAGUAAACAGAGAUCUCACAAAUCUAACAAGAUCCAAAUAAAUGAUAAGGGGGAAAGAUAUGUACUUGUGUUUCCUCCCAAACAAGAAAACAACAAGAAAAGCAUUGAGAUUCAUCGAGCGGACUGUUUGUGUAAUCAAUCAGAAAUCAUCGAAACUCAACCCUCCCUACAGAAUUAUACACCACUACAAGCUAUCAACGGAACUGCAACGUAUACUGAACUAAGUCUAACAAAUGAUUACCUUGAUGUUGUUCGUGAGAUCUGAUCAAAGGACACAUUAAUGCAUGUGUACAGACCAAAUUUUUUUUGCACAUAC